GUCACUGUGGCCGUGUUCCAUUCAAGAGGGAGUACCAUGAGGGCAUCAUUCCUGACCAAAAAAAAACCCAACCCAAACAUAGAUAUGUAAGUAGACAAAAACGUCACUGAUCAUAAACUGAACAGCAAGUUUAGAAUUUACAUUGGGCUUAAUUAUUAAUCUUAUAUAAGCAAUGCAGAAUCUGCGUCCUGUAACGGAAGGGGGGGAAAUGCACCAUCUGCCUGCCAAAAGAGUUUAGUGCUGUUGGGUUUUUUCACCACGGUUUUGGGAACUGCUGGCAGGCUGUAGGCCAGCAGGUAGGAGGGCCUCAUCUGCUGUGACCUCCUCAAGUCCCGGUGGACUAAACCUGUGGUGAUAGCACUGCUGCAAAGCACUGCUCGUCUCAGCCGGAGCUCAUCCCCGCAUGAAGGCUGGAACAGAGUUCUGGCAAGAUGUGUGGUGCAAAAAGUAAAUCAUUAAUGCUUACUGGACUGCUUUUCAACUGCCUAGAAGUGAUCUUUUCAGCUAACACAGGUUUCUCUGUGUCUAUAUACAAUGUGACAUCAGAAAGCAUUUAUCUCAGAUGGCCUAAGUUCUCAGGAGCUUCUUCUUACAAAGUCACAGCUAGAGCUGUUAAUGCUGUAGGCCGUUCAUUGCUGGCUCACUUUAGUGAUGUUACACUGAAAGGAACUUUAACUUCGUUAAUUCCCAAUACUGUUUAUGCUAUACGAGCAGAAGCCAUUGACAAGAAUGGAAUUAUUCUUGCAGAAACACAGAUUAUACAGUCAACAGCUCCAGACAUACCUGUUAUUGACCAAGCUUAUUCAAAACUCAGCAACAGCAUCACAGUGGAAUGGAGAGCAGUACCUGGGGCUACUAGUUACCUGCUAGCUGCACAAGAAGGAGAUUCCCUCAUUGAAGCUAUGGUUACAAAUUCUCCAGGCACACUGACAGGACUGAAACCUGCCACCUUGUACAGAAUCACCAUCAGAUCUAUAAAUUCAGGAGGAAAAAGCCAGCCUUCACCUUUCAGAAAAACAAAAACAGUCCUGGCUGCUCCAGUGCUGUCUGUUAGUUCUCCGACUUGUGACUCCAUUGUGGUGAGCUGGAAGGCUGUGUAUAUGGCAGCUGGAUUCUCUGUGUCCCUCAUGAGGUCAGAUGGUUUGGGCAGAAUGCUGAAGGAGAAUACCACCAAUACCUCCCUGACAUUUACAAAUCUAGAUCCAGGAACUCUCUAUACUAUCAAGGCAUAUGCCUGGAAUGCUAAUGGGAUACCUGGAGAUGAUUUCACAUCUAACCAAAGAACAAGGCCUAAUACACCAGCGAAUGUUCAAGUCGCUUUUAAUAGUGGUGCUUUGAGAGCCAUUGUUUCCUGGAUGCCAACAGAAGGAGCUCUGACUUACAGUGUGACAGCCUCCAGUGGACUCUUGGAACUGACUUGUAACACAUCUUCUGCCUCCUGUGUGAUGCCAUCACUCCAGUGUGGCUCUGAAUAUUAUGUAUCUGUCACAGCAUACAAUGAUGCUGGAUCCAGUAAGCCUGCUGAUACAGUAAGCCUAAAAACAAUUCCUUGUGCACCAGUAAAUGUAUCAAUUGAAGAGGAUGAAGCUGGACAUUUGUUAGUAUCGUGGUCGAACGUCAAUCUUAGUCAUUAUUAUGUGGUUUUCGUGAAGAGCGAUGAUGGCCUGGAAGUGCACUGCAACACAUCACAUCCUCAAUGCCAUUUCCAGUCAGAUUGUGGCUUCACUUACUUCAUCAGUGUCUUUGCAUAUAACAAGGCAGGGCAGAGUCCUCUGGGUGAUGUGUUCAAUUACACUACUGCUCCUUGCUGUCCCAGUGACCUGAGGGCCGCCUUUGUGUCAAGCGACACGGUACAUGUCACUUGGGCUCCUGUCCGCGGUGCUGAAGCGUACGAGACGAGAGCGGUGGGCUGGAGCGGCACCGUGCUCUGCAACGACACCGCCACGGCCUGUACCUUGUCUGCUCUGCAGUGCAACAGCCGCUACAGGAUCACCGUUUAUUCCUUCAGCGAGGCCAGAGGCAGCAACACCUCCUGUGCAGCUAAAUAUGUGGCAACAGCUCCCUGCAGUCCUGAAAUCAAAAAUAUCUCAAAGGAGGCUCAUUCUGUAAUCAGUGUGCACUGGCACUCAAACAACGAAGAAGCCACCUAUACUGUCACUGCUAGAGGAGAGGCUGGACUUUGGCAUUGCACAAGCCCUGGAAAUUCCUGUACUCUAAUUAACCUUCCCUGUGGAUCUGCUUUCUCUGUUAGUGCUAUAGCAAGAUCACCAGCAGGACAGAGCUUACCAAGCUACAGUGUCCCUUUAGAGACUGCUCCCUGUUGCCCUGAUGACCUAAUACUAACCCAAGUAACACAGUCAGUAACAAACAUCAGCUGGACUGUUGGAACUGGUGCACAAACGUACAUAACAACACUGGAGUCUCCAAAAGGGCAGGCAAAGUGUCACACUCUUCAAAACUACUGUCUCCUGGGAUGCAUCACAUGCAGUACUAACUACACAGUGUCUCUGAAAGCCAUCAGUGAAACAGGCUUGGCAUCCAGUUGCACAUAUCAAGGAUACUCUUCCAGUGCUUGCUGCCCUUCUGGGGUGAAGCUAUAUAGACUCAGCAAUAAUGGGAUCAGAGUAUACUGGCAAACAUCUGAUACAACAGCUCACUACAACACUGAUUUACGUGGCUCAAAAGGCAACUUCACCUGUAGCCCUAGCUCAGGGCGAAGUCACUGCGAUAUCACUGAGUUACCUUGUGGGGACAUCUACACAGUGGUAGUAUCUCCAGUUGCUGACAAGGGAACCAAACUUACAUUUUGUCCUAAAAAAAUAUAUUCAGUAACCUGUUCUGGAAGCUCUGUUGGAAUGGUGAUUUAUAGAGGAAAGAGCAAUGCAGAACAACGUAUCUAGAUAAAAAUUCUGGUUCAGAUGAGGAGUUCUCUAUCAAAGCUAGAUGAUCCAUGGCCUUCUCGAUGAUGACUUCUACUUCUGGAUCUUCUGGGUGACCUCCUGGGACUGAUGGACCGUCUUGGAGACCUUUUAACACGAAAGACAUUCAAUGUGAAACACAACCUUUUAAAGUUAAGGGACCCUCUUUACUGUCCAGUUUACGCUUCAAACACCCAGUCUACAUUUAAUCUUAAAUAUCAAACACCAUUUGAUUAUUUUAAUCCAAUAGCACCCAUUAGCUGCUUGCUUGAUGCCUUAAAAUGGAUCUCAGUAACAUGUUUCUGGUAAUACCUAGUUCAGUAUCCAACUUUUAGCAUUCAUUUUCAAAAUAACAUGUAUAUGACCUUGAACGUCUACGUUCUGCGUGCCGCUCUAUUUCUUCCAUCCCCUCCUUGCCAUCUUUCUUGAUUUUUCUAGGUCUGCUUUUAAUUUGCUGGUCAAUCGUUUUCUGGACGGGCACAGGAAUUCUUGGAAACAGUGUGGAAAACCAUUCAAGCUUAGUGAGGAAGGAACGAAGCAUCUCCCCGAUGGUCAUAACGCAACCCCCACCUGCCUUCACAUCCAGGUCCUACAAAAUACAAGCAAAAAAUAUCCUGAUGGUCAAAAACAUUCUUUACCCAUUAAAAAAAAAUGCUGCUACA